UUGCCAACCACCACCGCACCUUCCUCUCAGCAUCUCUCCUCUCUCAACCUGCCUCUCCUCGUACCUGCUGGCUUGAUCGGUAGCUGCUAACCUAGCUAGCAAUGGCACCGCAGGGAAGAGGCAGUGCCAACGUGGCCCUGGUCCUAGGGGUGCUUCUUCUCUGCACGCUCGUGGCGGAGGCGGCGGUGUUCAACGUCGGCGACCGCGGCGGCUGGUCCUUCAACACCAACUCCUGGCCCACCGGCAAGCGCUUCAAGGCCGGCGACGUCCUAGUGUUCAAGUACGACGCGACGGCGCACGACGUGGUGGCGGUGAGCGCGGCGGGGUACAAGGCCUGCGCCAAGCCGGCCAAGGGCGCCAAGGUCUACAAGUCCGGCUCCGACCGCGUCACGCUCGCCCGCGGCACAAACUACUUCAUCUGCAGCAUUCCCGGACACUGCCAGUCCGGCAUGAAGAUCGCCGUCACCGCCGUCUAGCCUCAUCCAUCGUACGCGCGAUGUUACGUGACACAACGAGCGAAAAUUAAUUCCUGAUAAUAACCAAAAUAAAAGGCCGGACGUGCUUCGUUCUUUCAAGUCCUAGAUCAAUGUGCACCGUUUGAUUUGCACUCAACCGAUCGUACUUGCUGUUGUAUGGUGCCCUGUGUGCUGAUUUUGUACUCAUAUAUACGAGAGAAUAAAAGGCGUUGACAAUUAUUCUUCUGAUUUAA